CAAUCACACGUGACCCGAGAGGCGGAAGUGGGUAAAAUGGGGUGGUGCACAUAUUAAAUCUACAAGUGGCUGCAACAUACCUGGCCAUUGUUGCCAGUCUCGGCAAUCUGGAGAGGUCAGACUUGAUAGACUAGUCUGAGAAACGUCAGGUGUAGCCGUGUUGUCGCUUUUGCUGGACGUAUAGUAAGGCAUUUCCUUUCGAGAUGUGGUCCGAAGGAGGCUCAUUUGUCAAAGGGGUGGCUCUAGGAGGCGUCUUCUACCUGUUGCUCUCGCUCUUGGGUGACUUCAGCCUAAGUUCUGAGCCUGUCUCAGAGUACCAUCACCACCAUCACGUCCAGGCGCAGAGUAACGAUAAACUGAAGCAACUCUCUGAGUCCCAGAUGCAGGAGUUGAAAGAUCAAGUCCGUGUCUAUUGUGUCAUCAUGGUCCAGCCGAAGAUUCUGGUCCAUUGGGCUGCUGCCGUGGGCACCUGGAGCAAACACUGCGACGAAGCCGUCUUUUACACCUCUGAGUCAUCCAAGGCCCUCGAGGCGGUCGACCUGCACGAAACAGAUGGUUGGGCGAGGUUCUGUAAAGCUCUGAAGCAUGCUUACGAGAAUGCCGGGAACCUGCGCUGGUUCUUUGUGGCGCAGCCCACAACCUUCGCCAUCAUCGAGAACCUCAAGUACCUGCUGCUCACCAAGGACCCCAACGAGCCCUUCUACAUGGGCAACGCCAUGAGGUCCGGGGAAUUGGAGUACGUCGCGUACGAAAGCGGGAUCGUCCUCAGCUAUGAGGCUCUGAAAAGGUUUGUACGCGUGCUGGAUGACAGCGACAAGUGUCCCAUCCAGGUGAACCGGCUGUGGAAGCUGAGCGAAGACAAGCAGCUGGCCGUCUGCCUCAAAUACAUGGGCGUGUUUGCCGAACACGGCGAGGAUGCCCAAGGCAUGGGCCUGUUCAACGGUAAGAGUGUGGAUGCACUGAUAAAGGACAGCAUGAAGAACAACCCCCAAAACGUGGUGGAAAGCUGCUGCCCCGACUUGGCUGUAACAUUCAACGGCAUGACCCCAAACCAGAUGCAGGUGAUGAUGUAUGGUGUCUACCGGCUUCGUCCAUAUGGCCAUGAUUUCCACGACUUGCUCAUGUUUGACCCGCCAGAAGGUUCGGACAAUGACUAACAUCCACUGGGUGCACCUGGCUUUUUUUAUACUAGCCGCUUGAGUGGGAAGAUGGCUUUCAACUGGAUCUUCACUGGUGGACAUCUUGUUUUUGCCAGUUUUGUACCUUUUGCAUCCUGUGGCGGAGAUAAAAAUGGGCAGUGGUCACUGUCGUUUGAAAGCAAAGCUGGGAACUGUUAAUGUGACACGGUUGACCUGGAAAUGUCAUCAUGUCGGUCAAUAGCGGUUCUUUUUUUUUUUUAUAAAUCAGAUUGUCUUUGUGAGGUCCUUUAGCUGCAUUACACAGACACACCAACUUGAGAUACGAAACCGAUUUUAAAGUCUGCUCUAGAUUUACAAUGUAAGGGAAGGGUACGCUGGGAAAAAAAAUCACUUGCACUUAAUCCAACCUGCCAUGCAAUUUUGAAAAAAAAAAAGUUAAAAAAAAAUCCUUUUUUUUUAUGUUAAUGGGGUUUUAUGAAAAAAUAUGUAAUUGUUAAAAGCUUGAAGAUUCACUGUACCAAUUACAGACUGAAUUUGGCUGUGUGGAAGUCAAAUGAUGAUAUACAAUAUAUGAAUAAUCUUGCACUUGACACUGACAAGAAAUGUGAAUAAAAUAAAAUGGAAGUGGGUUCCA